CCUCGCCACCACCUCCCCCCUCCGCCAUUCGUCCCCCUCUUCCUCCACUCCACGACGCUCACCGAUGGCCGCGGCCGGCGCCCAGCGGCGGCGGAGCAGCGCCUCCUCCUCCUCCGCCUCCCCCGAGUUCCGCUUCUGGCCCGUCGACGCCGACCCCGCCGCCUCCCCGUCCUGCGCCGACGAGAUCUUCUCCGGCGGCCUCAUCCUCCCCCGCCUCCCGCUGCCCGUCCCGCGUCGCGCCUUCGACGGGGAUGCUGCUCCCGCGUGCCCUGAGCCAUCCGCUGCUGCGGCGGACGGCGAUGAGGACGCUGGUGGCGCCGCUGUGACGUCGCGGGCGGCGGUGUCGGGAGGUGGGGGGUCGAGGAGGUGGACGGAUAUGUUCGCCAGGAAGGGAGCGGCGGCGGAGGAGAAGGAUCAGCAGGUGAGGCGGAAGGACGGCGCCGCGGGCGGGCGGAGACCGGCGGCGGCGGCCGGAGGAGGAGGAGGUGGAUCGGAGCUGAACAUCAACAUAUGGCCCUUCUCCCGGAGCCGCUCCGCCGGCGGGGGCUCGUCGAAGCCCCGCCCGCCGCCGCGGAAGGCCAGCAGUGCCCCGUGCUCGCGCAGCAACUCCCGCGGCGAAGCGGCGACGGCGUCGGCGUCGUUGUCGUCCUCCGCCGCGCCUCUUCCUCCUCGCCGCUGGGCCGCCAGCCCCAGCCGCGCCGGCGGCGGCGUGCCGGUCGGCCGGUCCAGCCCCGUCUGGCAGAUCAGGCGCCCGUCGCCACCAUCUGCGAAGCACGCCGCCUUGCCAGACCACCCCGCCGCCGCCGCCGCCGACAGGAGGCCACCCCACCACCACCACAACAAGGACAAGCCCGCCGCCAAGAAACCCCACACCUCCGGCGGCAUGCGCGGCAUCAACCUGAGCGUCAACUCCUGCAUCGGCUACCGGCACCAGGUGAGCUGCCGCCGCUCCGCCGACGCCGGCGUCGCCCGCGGCGGCGGCGGCGGCCUCUUCGGCAUCAAGGGGUUCUUCUCCAAGAAGCCGGCCGGCACAGACACAAGCAGAUGAUGAUGAGAUCCAGAGAAGAUGCUCUUGGUUGGUCUCUCUCUGCCUGCAAUGGAGAGAGAUUAUAUAUUCCUUUGCAUAAUAAUGCUGCAUGUGGAUAUGAUUGUGCCGGCACAAAUUGUUCAUGUUUCUGCAAUGAUGUUUGUUAAUGUAAAUUAUAAAUUGUUCGUUCUUGGAUUGAACAUGUUGCAGUAUCAUGGCCGGAUUGGGGAUCUGUGCACAUUUUGAG